AUGUUCACCGCCUUGAAGACCUUGACAAUCCUUGCCCUCGCCACGUCGGCCUCAGCUGGUGGUGUUGUGAGCGUCAUCGGCGACGCCGAAUCCAUCUGUGGCGCGGAUCAAGCCAAACCAGCAAUUGCGUACAAGGACUCCGAUGCCGCCAAGUACAAAGUGGGCCUUGCCACUGCCCGCCUCGGCCUCGAUGCUGGCUACUGCACAGGCUGGUUGUGGGGAUCGGAAGGUCACCUCAUGACGAAUAAUCACUGCAUUGAAAAUGCUGUUGAUGCUUCCACGGUCAUCGCUGAGUUCGGUGCCGAAUGCGCCACGGUCGACGACCCCGACAACAAAAAGCAACUCGGAUGCAAGGGCGUUUUGGUCUCCAAGAACUCGACGUUCAUCAUCACUGACGUAACUCUUGACUUCACCUUGGUCAAGUUGAAUGUCCUCCCUGGCAUGAGCCUCGCCCCGUACGGCUACUUGCAAGCCCGUGACACCGACGUGCAGCUCGACGACCCCAUCUACAUCGCUGGCCACCCCAACAUCUACCCUCGCCACAUUUCCCACUUGAACGACGACGGCAAGCUUGCCCGUAUUACCAGUACCUCCGUCGUAGGCUGCAGUGCCGACAACGUGGCGUACAACGUGGACACGCAAGGUGGUAACUCCGGCUCGCCCAUUCUUGACCAGCGCGACAACAAGGUCGUAGCUCUGCACAACUGCGGUGGCUGCAAAGCGGACGGCACUGGUGCCAACACCGGUAACAAGAUGACCAAGAUCAUCGCCUUCUUGCGUGCCAAGAACUUGCUCCCCAAGGACGCCGUGGCUGGCGGCUUGUGCUAA